AGUCGUCACCCUGUCCCGGCGUGCGGUUGUUUCAUGUUCCAUUCACUCCUUCGAAUCGAACGCUUGUUAGAGUUUGAGUUUACCCGGUGUUGUUUCGCUGGGUCGGUCUGUGUCUGUGGACCAGGGGACGGUAGCGAGGGCCUGAGAGGGAUGUGGGCUCUAGAGAGUGGAGGACGUGAGGAAACGCAAGUAAGCAAGACAGCUGCCGUCGACGGUCGGACGGCCGGGGUUCACUCACUCCGCCUGUUGGCUGGCGCAGAAGAAUAACCAUCGUCGGGCUAUUAGUUUGGCAAAUACGUCGACGGCGCUCGUCUCGGUAGUCGGAUUGUUGUGUUUUGUCCGUGCGGAUCCUGCAACAAUUGUGUUAGCUCAGAAGAAAAGGGUUAGAAGAAGAACACGGUGCGAGAGGAAGAUCAAGAACCGAUGACUAUCUACGCAACGCAGUUGCGUCGUGAACAGGCGACAAUAGAUCGCUGCUAGGUACGCAGCAGUUCGACUGUGGAACCGAAAUCCGGUGUGUCAGGCGAAAUAACGAGGUGAAGUGCAUUCGGAGGUUCGUGUACAAAUUAGGUUCGGUUUAUUGAUUUUCCUCCUCCGGAUCCGGAUAAUGUGUGCGCUGCGGUGAGGUGCAACGGAGCAACGGAGGACGCAGAACCGUGGCAGGGGUGGGAAAAGUGAGAGAUAUGUACACGAAUUAGAGUAUAGUAGGCGCACACGCUGCUCGUGGCGAAGAAGGAAGAGUUGCGGCAGCAACAGCAUAGGAGUCGGCCCCGGCUAUGGUGGUGGCCGGUGACGCGAGGAAUGUGUGUGGGACCCAAGUCCAAGUCUCGCAGCAGCCGUAGCAAGCAAGCAAGCAGCAAGCACAGCAGAAAUCCAUCCGUCGUUGAGAGAAUCGUCCGGGGGAAAGUAAGGUUGAAUUUUUCAGCUCAUUUUAGCUGUACCCGUUAGCGGAUCACAACAUCUCGGACGGACGGUGCAAAGUAGUCGCCGCCCCGCGAGCCGUGAACUGUGUCGUCGGUCGGAGCAAGAGUGUAAGAACGCCGAAGGAGAGAUAGUGCAGUACAGUGCAGUGCAGUGCAGCAGUAACGGUGGUGAAGAAUCAGAUGUGACACAAUCUGCUCGGGUGCCUCGGGUGGAAGACAAGUGGCGACAGCACCGACCCGUCGGUGUGCGUGCAUGACAAAGAAAAUAGAAUAAGGGAUACACCCAAUCGAUUUGUGCUAACUGCCAGGAGUGUUGGAGGAUAGUUUGAGGAAUUCAGCUUACCGAGCUGAGCAUCCGAUACAUUCCUUGUAGUGAAAUUUAUAACCGCGAAGUGCAAAGUGGCUACCAGUUGGUGUAGAUUAGGUAGCUCAGUGAAGGUUUUGCAGUAGCUGUCAAAUAGUGGUGAAUGCCAGGCGCUGCGUAACUCGAAGAGGAAGAGGUGGAAGAGGAGAGUGCAUGUCACGACCGAGCGUAGUGUUUGGUAUAAUUUUCAACUGCCUUGCCGACCGAUCGAUGGGUCACCACCACCGUUUUUAGUGCAAUAAGGGUGAGUGGGCUAGAGAAGAACAAGAAGAGGGAAACGAAGCAAAUCAAAGGUGACGAGGAAAAAAAGUAGAAGCAGUUAAAAAGCAGAAAAUGGAAAAAUAUGUGUGCGCUACUCGCGCUAGUAGUGGCCGUGGUGAAGUGUAGCGGAGGUUAUAUUGGCAACAUAGCAGAAAUUAAUAUUGUUUAAGAAGAAUAAGUGGAGUCGGGGACGAUCGGAGCGGGGUCGGGUGAAGAAUACUGCCAAGCAAACCCAACAGAAGUGGAGAAGGAGGAAGAGAAGGCGAACGAGUGUUCGACAGAGUAGUGGAAGAAGAAGAAGAAGCAAGUGGUGUGUUGAGUAAAACGAGAGUGGCGAAACGUGUACAACGUUCGGGGGAAAGAGAGUAAUAUCAAAUGCACAUAGUUGUUUUUUUCUUGCUGUUGUGAUUGUUAUUAUUGCUGUUAUUUUGUAUUCAUAAAACCGUUCCCAGUGCACUACGGGGCUUGUGCGCGCACCAAUACUGGUCCAGGGACGUAAACAAGCAGAGCAGUACUCCCACAAACGCGAAGUGCGACGGAGUGAGAGUGGAGUGCGCGACGUGACCGAAAAGUGCAACAGCAGUAGAGAAAUCUACGAACAGCACUAGUGUCUUUGUUCGCAACUUCGUGGAAAAGUUUAUGCCCAGCCUUCAGUGUCAUGCCUCAGCAGAACCUUCUGCCGUCGAACUACUCGCACCGGCUGCUGAAGAACCGCAGUCAGCAGCCGUCGCCACCGCAGGAGGAUUCCCGGGGAGGAAGUCCUCCUAGAAUUCGACAAUUCGGCAGUGGCCUUCGGAAGCACUAAGGAAGCAGAAUUCUUCCGCUCGGUGCUCUCGGGUACACUGGUGUACCCGGGAACGAGACCGCGGUAGAAAUCGCCGAUAUCGGGCACCCCCUCGGGGGAAAACGAAAAACACGCACAGUGGCAAGAAAAACGGCACACUCAAUGAAGAAUAAGCCGCCACCAAAGAAGAAGCAAAAGCAACAACAGCAACAGCUAUUACCCGAAUCCCAACAACAACAACAACAACAACAGCAACAGCAGCAGCAGAAGAAAAACUUGGAUAUCAUGUUGAGCUCUUCCUAUUACAUCUAUAUGUCUGCCGGUACUCAAUUGCAGAUGGCACCACAGACAACCAUAGUACAACAAGUCGGCCAAAAUCAUCUCCAUUCGCAUCAUCUACAGCAGCACCCGCAGCAGCAGCAACAACAGCAGCAGCAACACCAGGUGCCGCAACCCCAGCAGCACUACAGCAAUCAUCAGCAGCAGCAGCAGCCGCCGCCACCGCCACCUCCGCAAGGAACCCUAGCCGGUGGAUUGGGCGCACCACCGCCCCAAAUCGGUACGCUCACUAGCCUGCAGCAGGCGCAACAACAGUCACACUACACCAACAACAACAAGGACCAGCAGGACUCGAAUAUGAGCACCGGGUCGUCGCAUAGUGAUAAGGAGCUAGAUACUAUAAUCAAUACCCCGACGCCGGAGAAAAUUCCCCGGACGCCGUCGGAUCGGAAACGGAAACGGAAAGCACCGGAUGAUAACGGGGGCCCCGGCGGAGGAGGAGGCGGAGUGGGGGGAGGUCGUGAUAGGGAUAGUGUUAAGGGUCCGCGUUUGUCGAUACCACAAUUAGGUGAUAAGAAAAUUAAUGACUACUUUUCCAAGCAUCCGGUGAACUGUCAGCACCGGUCGCAUCCGGCCGGUACCGGAGCCGCCGUUGGUGGUCCCCUAGGAGCAAUAAGCAAUUCUGGCCCGCAGGCACAGCCGCCUGGCGGCGCUGGCAGCGGCGUAGUAAGUCAAGGGCCAAGCCCACAACUUUCCGCCAAAAGUCCCAGUCCCCAGCAGCAGCAUGGUCAGUAUCCAAUGUAUCCACCUAGUCCUCAGCCACAGCUCGGUUCUGUGGUCACCUCCAGUGGUAAUCUUACCAGCGCGGCUGUCGCGGCGCAGGAUAUCUACGUGCGAUCCCAGCGCGCCAGUGCCGCAUCUUCCACACUAGUUCCUCCAUCGUCAGUAUCCGGCACCACGUCGGCGUUACUAAACUCAUCCUCAUCUGUUUCCGUUUCCGCUGGUGGCGGCGUAGUCGUUCCAAACUCCCAGCAACAACAACAACAGCAGCAGCAGCAGCAACCACAUCGAGAGCGAGAUUCUCAGCCACCUCCACCUCCCCUGCCUCCCCCAGUAGUAGUAGUAGGCGCUGCCCAGCAGCAGCAACAGCAACAGUCGACACAGCAGGCGGCGACACAGUCGCCAUCUGUCCUGGGGACCCAGAACUCUUCACUAGCCAUCAAUAGUCUAGCGUCGUUAAAUCAUGCCAACAAUGGUACCAACACUAGCACCAACAGCAGUAGUCACAGCAGUCUACCGAACGCCCAAUCGUUAGCUCAAUCCUCCCCCCUGAUACAGUCGCAGCAGCAGCAGCAACCGCCGACGCCGCCGGCGCCCCUCAUGGUGUCCGCCCAGACCCAGACGGAUCUAACGCUGGCGGACAUCGCCGAGCGGGACAGCGACUACGAAGCCUCGCGGACCCGGGCCGACGAACUGUCCCGGUUGUCCGACGAGCAGAAAUGCCAAAUCAGCGCGCACCAGAAGGUGAUCGAGCAGCACAAGAGCCACAUCAACAAGUGCAUCGACGUGGUCAAGAAGCUGCUGAAGCAGAAGAGCAACAUCGAGAAGAAGGAGGCGCGACAGAAGUGCAUGCAGAACCGGCUACGGCUCGGGCAGUUCGUGACGCAGCGGGUCGGGGCCACCUUCCAGGAGAACUGGACCGACGGUUACGCAUUUCAGGAGCUGGCAAAACGCCAGGAGGAGAUCACUGCCGAGCGGGAGGAGAUCGAUCGCCAGAAAAAGUUGCUCAUGAAGAAACGGCCGACGAACAGUGAGAGCAGUCGGAAGCGGAACAACUCCAGCACGUCGUCUUCGGUGGCGGCCAGUUCGGGGGUUUCCAGCGGUUCCGCCAGCACCCAGCUGGCCUCGUCGCUGCACAAUGGCAACGACAACACGUUCCUAAAGCCGGAUCCGGUGGUCAGCAGCAAUACCACCUUCACCAUCCAGGAGUACUACGAGUGCGACGAGAUACUGAAGCUGCGGCAAAACGCCCUCAAGAAGGAGGACGCCGACCUGCAGCUGGAGAUGGAGAAGCUCGAACGGGAACGGAACCUGCACAUCCGGGAGCUGAAGCGGAUACACAACGAAGAUCAGUCACGUUUCAACAAUCAUCCCGUGCUGAACGAUCGGUAUCUACUGCUGAUGCUCCUGGGCAAGGGUGGCUUCUCCGAGGUGCACAAGGCGUUCGAUCUGAAGGAGCAGCGAUACGUGGCCUGCAAGGUGCAUCAACUGAACAAAGACUGGAAGGAAGAUAAGAAAGCUAACUAUAUUAAGCAUGCGCUGCGGGAGUAUAACAUUCACAAGGCGCUCGACCAUCCCCGGGUGGUCAAACUGUACGAUGUGUUUGAGAUCGAUGCCAACUCAUUCUGCACCGUGCUGGAAUACUGUGAUGGGCAUGAUUUGGAUUUCUAUCUGAAGCAGCACAAGACGAUACCGGAGAAGGAGGCUCGAUCGAUCAUCAUGCAGGUGGUAUCGGCGCUAAAAUACCUAAACGAAAUCAAACCCCCGAUCAUCCAUUACGACCUGAAGCCGGGCAACAUCCUGCUGACGGAGGGCAACGUGUGCGGUGAGAUCAAAAUUACCGACUUCGGUCUGUCCAAGGUAAUGGACGAAGAGAACUACAAUCCGGACCACGGUAUGGAUCUAACGUCACAAGGUGCUGGAACUUAUUGGUAUUUGCCGCCCGAGUGUUUCGUCGUCGGUAAGAAUCCGCCGAAGAUUUCCUCCAAGGUGGACGUGUGGAGCGUCGGGGUGAUAUUCUACCAGUGUCUGUACGGCAAGAAGCCGUUCGGGCACAACCAAUCGCAGGCAACGAUCCUCGAGGAGAACACCAUCCUGAAGGCGACGGAGGUGCAGUUCGCCAACAAACCGACCGUCUCGAAUGAAGCGAAGAGCUUCAUCCGGGGCUGCCUGGCCUACCGCAAGGAGGACCGGAUGGACGUGUUCGCGCUGGCCAAGCACGAAUACCUGCAGCCGCCGGUUUCCAAGCACAACCGAUCGGCGGCGGCGGCCGCCUCCAGCAAUCAGCACGGCAGUGGCAACAGCGGUGUCAGUGGCCAGGCCGGUGCCGGCAGUGGUGCCGGUGGCGGUGGCGGCGGAUCCGGUGGAUCGGCCGGCGGCGGUGGCAACCAGGCCGGACAACAGACGUCCUUUUCCACGGGGAUGUUUGGCAACAUGAACCAGUCCAGUUCGUCUUAGCUGUUUUUCAACAGCAGUUUGUUGAAAAGCGCUGCUGGGGCUAACAAUAACCACAAUAACAACAACAACAACAAUAGCCACAUUGUCGUCAACAAUGUUGGCAGCACUGUGCUUGCCGCUGUUGCCAACAAUGUGACGAUUGCGACGGCUAUCGCUCCUCCGAUGACGGCAACGACGACGACGAUCGCAACGACGGUGACGACGAAUGCGAUAGCAACGUUUACUGCUGCCUGUGGUAAUCUGACCAAUAGUAACAAUAACCAUAGACUCAUCAAUAGUAUCAUCAGCAACAACAACAACAACAACGUUUCGCCGCCAACGUCAUCCAAAUCAUCCAAGUAGGCCGCGACACCCGCCCAGGGUGCCCAAAGCCUACUCCGUUUAGACAAGGUCAAUCUGAGAUGUUCGUACUACGUAAGUAUAACAAAAAAAAACAAGCAAAUGUGAUGUGCUUAGCAGAAGAAAUCCCCCUUAAAAACUGCGUGAUAUCAAAACAAAACAAUAGAUGGUCCCCUCACAAAUACCUGCGCAUUCACCGGUGUGUGCGUGCGCGUGUGGAAACUUAUCCCUCAAAACACAUACAAAAAAAAGUCAAUGUUCGCUGUAUAAAAAUACGAAAAACCAAACAAAUCUCGUUCAUGAAUGAUGUUCCAAUACAUACACACAAUAGCGAAAGCAGGCUACGAAAAUACACACACACACACACAUACACAUACAAAACUAGUAGAUCAUGUGUAACAAAACAAAACUCGGAAACUGCAGAAUCAAAUACUAAUCUGUGUGCGCGUCAGUCAAGCAGAAUCUGGACAAAGAUAAACAAAGAGGGAAGCUCGCUGUGCUUGCAUGUUGAAACAAAGAGGAGGAAAAAGAAGCAAUCGAUCGAUUUUGUUGGGAGGCAGACGCGCGCGGUGGUGGCGUCAAUAUCCCGGAACAGGAUAAAGUUAGCGCAUGAUGUUCGGACUGGAUGAGUUCAGUUGUUGUUUCUAAGGAGAUUUAAUUUCAGAUUGUUUUUUCUUUUAAGAUUAUUUAACUUUUUUUUUCGUUCCGAAUCGAAAAAACGGAAUGGGACGCAAACGAAAGCAGAUCGAAUGUUUUGUUAUUUUGGCUUGGAGAGAAAUAUAGAUAUUCUGUACAUUUUGUAUUUACUGAGCAAAAUAAAAUGAGUUUUCGACUUAUCGUAAGUUCGACCAAAUGGUAUGGCACCUCUUGUGUUUUGGUGGAACUGGGUUUGAUGUGAAAAAGCUAGCAGCAAAAUCAUUGGACUGGAACUGUUUUUAGUGGACCGAAUACGUACAAAUUUACAUCGCAGAUCUAGCAGGCUUAAGGACGAUUUCGACCUUAAAGAUUUCGGUCUUAUCGACCAAUACCCAGUGCUGGACACACAUGGCUAGGUUGACUAUGUCAAAAACAUCAAGUAUAGGCAAUCGUUGUUGGUCGUCGGAUUUAAAGUUUCCAAUUGGUCCGCUGAUUGAAGCUCUGUCAUACUUAGACCGUCAGUGAGUGUCAGUCUCGACCUAUAUUAGACCCUUGCAUCCAGUCAGAUUGGUGAGACCGUUCCAUGUUUUGUGAUAUUUGAGGUCCAUUGGUGAAUGUCCCAAAUACGAAAGGCAUUUGGCCGAAUGACAUGUUGUCGAAUGACGAAUAAACGAAAGCUUAUACGGAAAUUGCUUAUUUGGGAGAUGCCCUUUUCAGGGCUGCGGCCUUUAAGAGGAAUUCCAAAAGGCAGAAUCUCCAAAAUAGCAGAAGAUGAAUGUCCUAUUCAAUACUUGGUCGAAUUACAAAUGGCCGAUGAUAGAAUAGUACAUUUUUGGCGAUAUCUUUUGUUUUCAACAUGAGAUGCUCUUUUCAGGAAUUUGGUCAUAUGUCUUUAGACAAUGUGAUUGUGAUUCAGCAAUGAAUUAACUACAUUGCACAUUGGUCCAGGAGAGUGUCAUUUUGGUAAAAAAUCAAUAACUUUUUUUUGUGAUAAAAUAUCAAUGGAGUGUCUUCGGCAACUUUUUUAUGCAUUUUAAGAUGCAUCUUAUGUAGGGGUCGUCCAUAUUUUAAGUUCAUUUUUGCGAAAUUUAAGACAUGAAACUUUUUUCUGGUGCAUUUUUUGAGGACAAAAUUUUCUACAAAAAUAUAGCCCAAAGUAUGCCAAAAAACUUUGCUGAACAAACUUAUAUUUAAUUUUUCCAUUUUCAUUGAGUUUGGGAGUGGUUUUUAUGGACGUCCCCUUAAAACCAGUUUUUGGCCCAUAACUUUUUUGGGUGCGAUUUUCAAAGCCUACUAUGUUCUAGACAAAUGUUUAUGGGAUGAUUUUACAACUUUUUCUCGAAGACGACCAUAAGCUAUUUCGUCACUGCUGUGAGUUAUGCGCAUUUUUCGCUUGAAAUAUUGCUAUUUUGUGAUGCGUGUAUCUCAAAAUGGCGCAAACAUUUUUUAAAUCUUUAAAGGUGACACUAUUCUACUAGUAUUCAACUACAUUUUAACGGGUUAAAACCUUGGGGAUAAUCUAAUUUACCCAUAAUGAGAUGCACUUGAAAAAAAGUGGUUUUGGAAGCUUUUAAAUAGAAAUUUCUAUUUAACCAUGCAAUUGAAGCAUUUCAUGGCAUGCUUUGAUGACAUGGUAUAGCUUACUACUCAGCAAAUCACUACAGCAUCAAAUCGCUCUAUUAUAGAUUCCUAAAAAGACGACUCUUUACUUAAGAAUCACAAAUCAUAGAGGCGAAAACUCCUAAAAUCAUCAUGUUCUAUUGCAUCCCUGUUCUAAAUUCUUGGAUGCACUCCUUUAUGUUUUCUCAAGCAUAAAUGUGAAGAUUCAUUAAAGGUUAUCACUAACAUUAACCUAAUUCAUCUUAUUGGUUUUAUUUCAUAUUAUCUUAAUGAAAAAUCUAAAUUAAUAACCUUACUGUCUAAUUAUCUUAUUAUUUACAGUAUUACUAUUUGGAACAUUGUUCUAUUUCUUUUCUAUCGCUCUAUUACUCCACCAGCAGGCUUUUUACGCUUUCCGGAUACGUUACGUUUUCUGCUUUCGGUGCUCUGUUUGAAAGAGAAAUCACAGGGUCUGAGGUUAACAUUAAACGGUUGAACACAUCUUCAAUAUUAACAAUGCGACUGAACUUCCUCGCAUGCCGCUCUCUAUACUUCCGCAGGCAUUUGUUGCGCGUUUCCUGUGCUUCUUCACUGCACAUUCCAAUCGGCAAAAUCAGGUGCUUCAUAAUAGUAGCACCAUGCACUAGUAUUUUAUGUACGGUUGGUGACAAUGGAUACCACUUAUAAAGUUGUACAUACAAUUUGUGCGUUUCAUCCGCAUAUUUUUGGAAUGCUUCUAUAUUUGCAGCCCUUUUGCUGUUGAUGACGCACAAAAUAGUAUAAAAACGCUGCAAGAGAUUAUCAUCAAGGCCUGUUAUCCUCGCAACAAGCUCCCAGUUUUGAAAAAACUUGCGCGACGUGUUUCCAUCAUUCGAGUUGCCACCUCCAGGCCUCGGCUCGUUGAUACGCAAACCUAGUUCUUCCUUAAGUUGCGUUAAGAUUUCUGUCUCGCGUUCUUUCACUUUCGUGUUCUGUUUGCUUACGCGCCAGGUUGGUUUUUCCAUAACUAACCUAAAAUCGAAAUUAGAAAAUUUAUCAAACUGUUUUGCGUAGUAGUUAUAAAAUAUAUACCUGAAUGAUAUUUUCAGCAGCAACUCCAUACUGCGCAUGUAAGCGUGUAAAGGUGACAUACCAAACUUGUACUUUGUUGGAUCAUCGGAAUCAACAUUGGACCUGGCGUCAUUAAGGCGCUUUCCAGAUCGUCCACAUACAUAACAAGCCUGUGAAUACGUGUCGGUCACGUCGUUCACAACUUUGGUAUCCACCAUUGAAAAUAUCAUCACUGGCUUGACCGAAACGUUCACGUCUCCCAGCUGACAAAGAGUUGGAUUCAGAUUUCUGAUUUGAUUAUUCAUCAAUUCGACCUCCUUUUUCGUUAGUUCUGUGGAUUCCUUGGCAAAUAGAAGUUUUAUUGGGCGGCAAAGAGAUAUUGACGAUGGCAGCGUAUUAUCCCAGAUAAUUUCUUCCGAAUCUGUUUCAAUUUUCCUAGCCAUCAGCCGGAGAGGAACCAACGAAAACAUGAAAAUAUUUGCAUCGCUGUAUUCCCGUAUUUCAUCGUUCUCUUGUAUGUCCAGGAAAGUUUGCUUAUACCUUGAAUGAUUACCACUUCCGUCACAGCCCCAUUUAUACAGCAGCUGAACGGCAGUAGAGGAAGCAAGGGUUUCAGCAUGUUGAGCUAUAACGCUGCUCACGCUCAAUAAUCGUUUUGUUAUAUGAUCAAUUAAAUUUUGCAAUGGGACUACCGCAGCGGAUGGUGAUAUCGAUAUUUCUGUAACAUUGAAAAAAUAUAUAGAAUUCAAUAUUUUAUAAGUUUUGACUAUUAAAUUCACCUGAUGGAUAACACUCCUUCUUAGUUUCAAUUAUCUUAUAAUACGGAGGAUACAUAUCGACACCAUUUGUUAGGGUACUAAGACGAAUAUCACUAUAUUGCGCCUUCGAAAAAUCGUUUCUGCAUAUAAAUGCAAGAGCCUCUUCAGGUGAGUACGGCAUAUAAUUUCGAGGUUUUGGUACAUCUGUAUCAACAGCAAAACUCGAAAUUUUCGCAACAGUUUCAAUAACUUGUUUAACAUUCUCCACUCCUAUAUUAAAAGAAGUAAUUUGCAUGUAUGUAUUUUACAGAGAUAAACUAUAUUCCAAUCAUACCUGCUGAUUGAACACUAGAUGCAGCUGCGAGCAUUAUUUCAUCCGCAGAAUGCCGCUUGCACAGUUCUCGAACGUGAUUUUUUCUUGUCCUCUUGCUUGCUUCAGUAAAUGGUUUUCUAGGGCGCCCUCUCGGAGUUUUCGGCGUUUUCGGUGUAUAGAAAACUAUUUUGCCAUUCAACCAAUUUUUAUGUGCACUUUCGAACCUUGAUUGAUGCCUGUUGCUUUCUUCCACAGUUCUUUGAAUUUCUAUAUAAAUUUUGAAAUUUUGCUUUUCACCAGACUAACGUUUACUUCACAAGGAGACAUUUUUUUAACAAUAUAUCUAAUUAUAUCUUGCCUCGAUUUUCCAUGCAUUAAAAGUUUUGCUAGUUCUUUGAACAAAAAUGUAUCUGUAAUAAAAAACAGAUAAGAGAAGUCAUUUUGAAACUAUCCUUUCCUAAUGUUAAGAGAAAAACAAAUAAAAUAAAAUCUACUUACGGGAAUCCAUGUUGUUCUUCAAAUUUCUGUUGAACAAUACCGGAAACUUCUUUCCUUAAUCGAUCAAUGAUUUGUUUUCACUAGGUUAACGGAUUUGAACUGCGAUUUUACUGGUAUAUCCUGCAUGAACCGUCGACAACGUUUGAAUCUUCUCCUGACAUUUGAGUUUCAUUCCUUUUCUAUAAAAGGAGCGACUACUUCGAUUGAGUCACACUAAAGCAUUUGCAUGGGUAUUCAAACGGUGCCUAGUUUUGUUCCUGUGAUUUGUGAAUAUUAAUGUAAGAUUGAUUUUUUGAACGCCAUAUUAAGGCAUUUUCAUGUUGUUUUGCCCCUGUGAUUUGUAAAUAUAGAGGUGAAAUUGGUUAUUUGAACACCAUAAUAAAGUAUUUUCAUGUUGUUGCAAUGUGUUGAAUAGUAUUAGCCAUUAAAUGUAAUCAAAGCAUGCCAUGCAAUGUUGCCAUUACAUUAUGACAAGGAAAUUUCACUUGCAAACACAGCAAAAUCACAUUUUUCAAGUGCAUCUCAUUAUGGGUAAAUUAGAUUAUCCCCAAGGUUUUAACCCGUUAAAAUGUAGUUGAAUACUAGUAGAAUAGUGUCACCUUUAAAGAUUUAAAAAAUGUUUGCGCCAUUUUGAGAUACACGCAUCACAAAAUAGCAAUAUUUCAAGCGAAAAAUGCGCAUAACUCACAGCAGUGACGAAAUAGCUUAUGGUCGUCUUCGAAAAAAAGUUGUAAAAUCAUCCCAUAAACAUUUGUCUAGAACAUAGUAGGCUUUGAAAAUCGCACCCAAAAAAGUUAUGGGCCAAAAACUGGUUUUAAGGGGACGUCCAUGAAAACCGCUCCCAAACUCAAUGAAAAUGGAAAAAUUAAAUAUAAGUUUGUUCAGCAAAGUUUUUUGGCAUACUUUGGGCUAUAUUUUUGUAGAAAAUUUUGUCCUCAAAAAAUGCACCAGAAAAAAGUUUCAUGUCUUAAAUUUCGCAAAAAUGAACUUAAAAUAUGGACGACCCCUACAUAAGAUGCAUCUUGAAAUGCAUAAAAAAGUUGCCGAAGACACCUCAUUGAUAUCUCAUCACAAAAAAAAGUUAUCGAUUUUUUACCAAAAUGACACUCUGCUGGACCAAUGUGCAUUGGCUGUUUUCCUACUCUCCGCAUCGCUAGCUUCUAUGCGCGAAAAAUCGCUAAAAGUAAAUCGCAAAAAUAUUGUAUGGCGAAUAGCAUCUAAAGGCAAAUUUAUCGAAGUGGAAUACAUUAUUCGAAAAAAUAUUUGGUAGUGGUUGUGCACAAUGGUGACUACUAUUAAGCCUACCAAAUAUUUUUUCAGUAAAAGCUUUCUCUUUCAAGUAAUUCAAGUUUAGAUGCUUUUCACCAUACAAAAUAAAAUGGAUUUACUCCUGCUGAUCAACUGUGGGUGUGAGCCAAGCGGGUUGUCCAUUGUAAUCACAAAAACUCAAAUGAAACUGAGAUCGUCCAAAUGCCACGUUGUUUUUUUUUUAAUUCAUGUUACCUAUCGAGACGGAAAUCUCAUAGUUAUUUAAAACAGCCAUUUCAUAUUAUAAAACUCGACUGAUUCAAAAUGUUUCGCGUAAGUGAUAGAGCUUUCCAACCAUUUUGGCCCUUCAUACAGGUGUUUCACUGAUCCAAAAUGGCAUAGCACAAUCACCAUAAACAUUUGCUUCGACCCGAUAGGAGACUUUUAUCGAAUCGCUAGUUUAGUGGCUCGAAAGAUGAGCGUGUGCCCAUUCAACACCGGCCACGUCCUUACCACUUUUGUAUGACACAAGGUUUCAUUCAUGUCUCUUGAAGUGUCCGCCCGAAAUUUCGAUCUGCAAUCAUUUCAACCACCCACACGACGACAGUCUUCUUUUUCCGCAAAUUCAGCUUUAUUACCGAUUGAUGUCGCGGUUCACUCAACAUUAGUAACAUCACUGUUUGUUUGCGUUUGAUUGGAAGCAUACGCAUCGCGUGGAAGCGAACGAACAAAAUUGUGGAAAAAAGCCCCACAGCAAACAUGGAUAAAAGGAAAAGAAAAGAAGAAACAAAGAAAAAAGCAAAAAAAAAGUUGACAAGAGUAAUAAGAGAGACAAAGGUGCAUGUACAUUUUCGGGAACGAAAGAGACACAGAGAGAGUGAAUAAGAGAGAAUAGGAAGUUUUGUUGUUUGUUGAUUCCAUUGAAACGAAAGAAAGCAACACAAGUUUCAGAGAAAAAGAGCGAAAAUCCGCCAGGGAUGAAGAAAGAGCAAUGCACACGCGCGAUCAAAAAACGAAAGAGAGGAAGCAAAUCAACAAAAUGGCGCCCACUGUUAUAAUGUGGAAGCGUGAGAUGCGCGUGCGAAAAGAAAUCGAAACUUUCUUUCGUUAUUAUUUUUGUACAUAUAUCGAUUAGUGUUUGUUUUAUCAUUAUGAAUUAUUACGAAUUACAAUUACUGAGCAAAAAAGGAAAACAAUAAAAACACUCAUAUUGAAGCUGAGGUUAGGAGGAAGUGAAUGAGAGUUGGAGAGAGAGCGAGAGAGAACUUUUUUGCAGAUCGGAUUUCAUCGUUUAGGGAUGGAACCGGUUGAGUUAAAAAUAAUAAUGGAAGUAACAUUCCUCUCUCUCGAAAUACGAGAGGGAGAGGAAAUGCAAACGUGUUGAACGAGCAUUACUAAACACUCACAAACACAUUCAGCUUGCGAAGCGCCGAAAAUGAAUUCUCUUUUGUUUCCUUUGACGGGUGAAAAAGAGAGAGGUUGAAAGAGAGACAGAAGAGAAAACGCCAAAAGGCUCUAGCGGCAUUUUAUUGGAAUUCUUUUUUAAUAACUUGAUAGGGAAACCAAAUAUAACUGCGUGCGUUUCUUACGUGUGAGUGAGAGGUACUCAAAUCUUGCUAGUAGUGUGCGUGUCUGCGAGCGUGUGAAGGCGAUAGAACGAGUGCGAUUAUAUAUGUGUACGUGUGGUGAAGCUUAACACAUCCUUGAGAAUUAGAUAAAAAAGUAAUAUCUCGCAGGAAGAGAGAACUAAGAAAAAACAAAAAAGCGGUGUUUUCUUUUCUCUUAAAACACACAUAGUAAACUCUAUCAAUAGAAAACAAAAAAUCGUCAAAAGCAUAGGUUGAAUAAACAAAAGCGAUGUAAUCUCUUCUUAACUUCUUAAGGAAAUGAAAACAAGUAAACAGACGAUAAAAGCAAACCAACGUGAUGAAACUUGAAGUCAACGCUUUUUUCGCGAUUUCACAUCUCCCUUCACACACACAUUCACUCGAACAAACACACAUCUACAUGCAAACACAUUCGCAAAUAAUCCACACACACACAUACAUUCGUACACACAAAUCCAUUGAUAGGAGAUUGCGCUCAAAAUCUAGAAACAGAAGAAAAAACUACUAAACAAGCACGAGGCGAAACUCACAAACUCGUGGUGAGUUGCAAGCCAGGAAACUGGAAACGAAAAAAGCGUAAUAAGAAAAACAAAGAAAAUCUUAAAAAAAUAUUCAUCCAGACAUUAAAGAAAGGAAACAUACCAAGCUUAUUAUUAGCAGUUGAAAUAUCAAGUUUAGUGGUUAAAUUCAAAUAAUCAAUAAAGAGAUAACGAAGAGGCGAGAAGGAUGACGACACUCACACACACACGCAAACGCUGCUGCUUGACAGAGAGAGAGAGAGA